AUGUUCAAAUCAACUCUUUCAUCACCAGCUGCAUCUUUGUUAUCUCGUCGUUGUAUAGCCUCCAUCAGCCGUAAAACUUCAUCUUGCUUUUCAUCGGUGUUGCGGGAUCAGAGGCUCUCAUUAGCAAAUCGUCUCUUCCAUAUCAAUCAAUUAUGCUGUGAUAAGACCAAUAUGCUCAUCUGUUUUGGAUCUCAAACAGGUACUGCUCAAAUGUUUGCCGAAAAUUUGAAAAGUGAACUGUUGGGAAAGAAGGAACCAUGGCUGUCCAAUGUUAAAGUUGUAGACUUGAAUGAUAUUGAACCAGAGAAAGUCAUGGGUUUUGGAAUGCAAGAAGGAAACGGUCUGUACAAUGUGGUCCUUUUUGUCAUGGCCAAUUAUGGUGAGGGUCAACCAACAGAUAAUGCCAAACAAUUUUAUGAUUGGUUGAUGAGCGACAAUUCAAAGGCAGUUCUGCAAAAUGCAAGCAAAACACCUCACUAUGCAAUUUUUGGGUUAGGAAACAGUGCAAACUUCCCAGAACGUUAUCAAGCAGUUGGAAGAAAGAUGGAAAAACGAUUAAAUGACAUGGGAGUUAGUUUAGUUUUCAAGAGAGGAGAAGGUGAUGACGGUGGUGAUGCAGGAAUUGAAACUGAUUUCGAGGUGUGGAAGAAUGACUUUGUAAAAUUCCUCAAAGAGCAAGACAAUGGUACAAGUGCCUCAACUUCUCAAAGCUGCAACGUCACUGUUGACAAGUCAAAGGAAUCUGUAGAUCUACCAGCUGAUACAACCUCAAAUGGAAAGUAUUUUUUUCGGACACUAAAUUUUGAAAAGUAUAGGGACAAAUUACGGCAAUUCAUUCGUGAGUAUGACAGCUCACAAUCAGUCUCUCCAAAGAAUCCAUAUACUCUUUUUAUUGAUUCAGCAAAAAACUUGUGUCCUAGAUCCAGCAGAAAGCGAUUAGAAAUUGAGUUUUCCAUCGACAAUACUCCAAUUAACUACGAGACAGGAGAUCAUAUUGCCUUAUUCCCAAUGAACUCUCCUGACCUAAUUAAUCGUUUGGAAAAGGUUUUGAAGCUGGAUAAGCCAAUGGACAAAAUCAUAUUCACUCUUCAGACUCCUCCAUGUAGCAUUGAAAGCCCACCUUUCAUUGCCACACCUGAAAAGCCCGUCUCUCUACAUCAAGUAAUGUCACAAUUCUAUGACUUGAAUGGUGUUAUCACUCCUUCGUUAUUAACCUUUUUUGCUGAAAAAGCAACUUUGGAAAGCGAGAAGGCUAAACUUGAACAGCUUCGUUCUACUGAAUAUUUAGCAGGAGUCAAAAAUCGCAUGUUGAAUAUUGUAGAAAUUCUUGAAAUGUUUCCUUCAAUCAAAGUCACAUGGCAAGAUUUAAUUGGUGUGCUACCCAAAAUCCAACCUAGAUAUUAUUCAAUUUCAUCCUCUCGUUUGGAAAAUGAAGAGAGAAAAAAGAGAAGUGAAAAGCAAAUUCUAAGAGUGACAUUCAGUCCUUUGGUUUGGCCACAACCUGAUGGCAGAACCUUCUAUGGACUGUGCUCCAACUAUUUGGGCUCCUUAAAAGUGCACGACCCAUGUCAAUCUGUGGUCAGAACUUCAAGCUUUAGAUUGCCUCAAAAUCCAAUGACACCAAUUCUCAUGUUGGCAGGAGGAACUGGAAUUGCACCAAUGAGAGCUUUCAUUGAUGAAAGACGUGUUCUUAAACAAAAGAAUCCAUCGAUCAAGUUUGGAACUUCUGUACUCUUAUAUGGUGUUAGAGAUGAAACAGAAAUAAUUUAUAAGGAUGAAAUUGAAAUGGCUCUUAGGGACGGAUUAAUUUCAGAUUUUUAUGUUUCCUUCUCGCAUACCCAUGGCAAAAUGAUUUCGGAUUCCAUUUGGGAACACUCGCAACUAAUCUAUGACAUUUUGAAGACAAAUAAGGGUCACAUGUACAUGUGCGGAGGAGUGGCAGGUUUCGGAACCAAGUGUUACGAUGCAUUGAAGAAAGUUGUUGUGCACAUUGAUAAUGCUCCUCCUGAAGCUGGAGAUGCCUUCAUCGAUCUCAUGAGAAAAGAGGGUAGAUGUUUUGAAGAUUUAGCUGAUUAA